AACGCCCAAAGCACAGCAUCUCACACAGAUCAGCGGAGAAACUAGGAAAGAUUAUAGAGAGAGAUCCGAUCCCGACAUCUUUUCGAUGUGAAUUCCAAGCUCCUUCGAAGCACCGAAACGCAACGCAACCUGUGAUAGAUAACAAGAGCACAAAAUCCAACAGACAGAUAGUAAACUGCAGCUGUGAUAAAUCUUAACCGAAGACUAAAUAUUUAACUUGGCAAUGGCGACAUCAAGCGAUAUGGUGGCGGAGCAACUAGAGAGCCAGAACCUCUUGGGCGACCCAGUGUUUAGUAGUGGCUUCGUUAGAAGAGAGUUUAAUGACAGCGGAAUUGCCGAUGGCAAACUCCGCACCAUCUCGACUUCGUCUUGCGCCACGACCAUGUCCUCGGAGUCCUACCGCAUCUCUCUCGGUGUAGGGCCUCUGUGGUGGUCCGAUGUCCCUGUCCACCACAGAACUGAUCAUGAUAGGGCAUCGCUCUUAACGGGCUACAGCCGUAAGUCUUCGGUCGACUCGGCUGGUGGCAGCUUGUACGAGGCCAGCUCCCUGGGGUCGUCGUUGUCGUCCUCCCAGUCGGAUUGCUCCGACUCGGAAUCGCAACCCGACAUCCAUUCGCUGUGCUCGGAAGAUGACUGCCAGGAAGUGCUGCGCCAGAUCUUGCAGCACGACCAGCCGGUGCAGAUCACCAUCAAGCUGCAUGUGACCGAGGACCAGUACACCAAUUGGAACACGAUUUUGAACCCAGUCAACAACUUGUUGUAUGUCGCUCUACCGAAGGAUCUUCCGCCGGCCGGCUCCAAGCAGACGUUCAUCUCGCUUCUGGAGUUUGCCGAGGAUAAGCUUGAGGUGGACGGUAUCGUAAUGGCCAUGCCAAAGGAUCAGCCAGAUCGGGCUCGCCUUAUUGAGGCAUUCCUGUUCAUGGGCUUUGAGCCGCUCUCCAGGAAGGCACCGCAGGCACCACCGGCCGCCAUUAACGACAACGAGAACCACUACUUCUUCUAUAGCAUCGAGGAGUAGUUCGUUGGCAAAGGGACGAUUUUCGAAAACACAAACAAAUGAAGAUGAAUUUAAAUCAGCAACAAUCCAAUAUCCUGUCCGUAGUUUCAGCAAAUCAGUUUUAUUAGCUCUCACUCUCUAGAUCCAAUGACAUAUUGACCCCAAUGUGUUCAGUGAAAUGCAAUUCAACCUUUUGAAAUCUUCUCGUUUACGUAGUCGAAAAUCGUUAUGAAAUUGUCUCCGGUGUGGUUACAUUUUUUGGUAGUCUUUCAAUUAUGGCCAGCCACGUUAAGAGAUUUUGAUCGCAAAUUAUUAUAUUAACCUAUAUCAAACAAAAAAAAAAGGAAAAAAUUAAAAAAAAAAACAAUUAAAACUAGAAAAUGUCUAAAAAAAAAUGUAUUUAACCUAAGUUUAUUCGUGAAUCAAUAUUUUGUAUCUAUGUUUUUGAUUUUGUUGUAAUCACAAUAUUUCUUUUCAUAAUUUUCUAUAUUUUAUAUUUUAAGCUUAUAUAUGAUGUAUCGUAAUCCCAAUUUGUUCAUACUAGAAAAUAUUAUAUAUAUUUUUAUUCACUUUUUGUAUGCUAAACCGAUUUAAACGGAAAAGUAGAAAUGAUAGAGGAUAGAAAGGGAAAAACAUAUGCAUAAAAGCUUCUUCACAUAUGCCAGGAAUAAAUCCAUAAACACACAAUAUCCAAUAUUAAUAAACAUAUUAAUCAAUAGAUUCCGCACCAAGCAAGCAAAUGAAAGCAAUUCUUUUAUUUUUUCCACUUUUUGAUGUAUAAUUUUCUUGAUUCCAAUAAUAAAACAUAUGACUUAACAAAACA